UUAUUUUCGAUUCUUUGUGUGGGGAAAAAAAAAGUUUAAUACCAAGAGACUUUAUUUUCAAAACGGCCAGCCCACUUUCCCCGUCCGCUGCAGUUGAUUGGUUCGACCUCACUGUCUGUCAAAUGACCUUCCCCAUCCCAGCCCCAACCCCGGCAUGUUGACUAUAAAAAGAAAGGGCCGGCAAACUCGUGGGAAGCAAGAGUUUUGAGUUUUGUCAUGAAUCUAGAUUGUUGUUAAGUCGAAUAAAGAACCGGAGGGAAAUGAAACAAACUUCAGUUCCCGCACUCCAAGGGAGUGGAAGUGCACACCUCCCCCUCGCUGAUUGGACGCUGUAGCAUUGGGAUUUGAAAACCUUGUUCUUUAAUUGGUGAAGUGGCACGCCAAUCCUUGCCGGCUGCCACGCCGCCAUUGGCUAGGACGAAAAUAGUAGUUCGCCUACCGCUGACGGAUUGGCUAAUGUUCUGGUGCCUGCUUCCGAGUGGUUAAACCGACCGUCAAUCAGUACAAGCAGGCGGUAUCCGCCCACCUCCCCCUAACAGAUAGGUCGUGCCUCACAGUCUCUUUACGCUGAUUGAGUUGAUGAUGCGUCAAUCAAAGUAAGGCAAUCCCAACCUUCUACCUUGCCAUUGGCCCCGGGGAACGUCGAUCACGAUGUGGCAACGCCCUUCCCGCGCUGCGAUUGGCUGUUGAGGCCUGUCAGUCACCCUAGAGAUCGGUUGUCCGUCCGUCGAUGAUGGUCUGAGGUAAAACAAAAAUAAGAAAGAAAAUGGAGAAAAGUCCAAGCGAAGAGUUUUCCUGUUGACUCCGUGCUUCCUGAAUCUGAAGGCGGCUGUCGAUGAGUGGCUUUCCCCUCCUCCCUCCGGUUUUCUGAGGGGGAGUGAGGGGGUAAAGUCUUGAAUACAACCGCCGCCAUGGCCGAAUUCGUGUUGCCGCGGCACAGCGCCGUGGUUGAGCGGCUCCGUAAGCGGAUCGAGCUGUGCCGCCGGCACCACACCGCCUGCGAGGCGCGUUACCAGCGGGCCUCGGCUGAGCGCCUGGACCUGGAGCGCCAGCACAGCCUGGCCCUCCACCAGCGCUGCCUACAGGCCAAGAGCAAGCGGGCCGGCAAGCAGCGGCCUCCCCAGCCUCAGCCUCCACCACCGCCGCCUCCUCCUCCCCCUUCAGCCGCACAGCAGGACUCGCAGGUCGGCUUCAGGAGCAGCAACCCAGGGGCCGCAACCAGCAAUGUGGACUCACCUCCAGGAGCUGCGAGUGGGGAUCAAAGCAGAACAAGCACGCUGCAGGCGCUUCACGAGAGGGUGAAGAAGAAGUUAAUGGUGGAUGGCUCAUCAUUGAAUGGAGAUCAGCAAAACGGAUUUGAGGACGGGAGCUUUUCAGGCCCUAAGAAGCUCCGAUUGAAUGGGGAAGAUGGGUCAGGACUGCUUGCGGUUAAUGCAUCUUCUAAUGGCAUGCUACCAAUGUCCCCGCUGCACCAACGAGACAAAAGAACUGGAAUCGGGGACAGUGCGCAAAGCAACGGAAACCAUUCCUUGAGCUUGGACAAUGUGAAGAAAGAAAGUAUUCCUGACUCCAGUGUGCAGGUGAAUGGGAACUGUGAUGGUGCUGAUGGGUUCACUCUUAUUAAAGAACUUAAGCAGGAGUCUGUGUUGGAUUUACAUGGUAUGAACCCUGUAGGCACUUCUCUGUCUCAGAAUAACAUGUUUCCAGAUAUCAAUUUGAAUGAACAAGAGUGGCAGGAAUUAUUUGACGAGUUAAACCGAUCUGUGCCGGACCAAGAUAUACAGGAUCUCUUCAAUGAAGAUUUUGAAGACAAAAAGGAUAUUGAACCUGCAGGUUCUUCUGAUCAAACAACCUUACAAGACAGCAUAACAAUAAAAACUGAGAUUUCUUCAUCUUCCUAUGAACGUGAGCAAAAGGGACCUCCACAGAUCAGACCAUCUGCAUCAGGACCUUCAUUUUCAAGUGUUUCUGUGGCUCCUGUUAAUACAGCCCCUUCAGGGACUGGUAUUUCUCAGGCUAUGGCACAAACGUCACGCUCAACACAGCUUUCAGUAAGGUCUGACUCUAGUGUCCUGUUGCCUGGGAAGGCAGGGCCAUCUGUGGAACGGUCUCCUGCACAGCAGCUGCAGCAGAUGGCUGCUAAACAGAAGCAGAGAGCACAACUCCUACAGAAACAGCAAAUGCAGCACUCCUCAUCCAACCAGGUACCAAACUGGUCAACAGCACCUACCCAAAGCCCUCUUGGUGGACCCUACAGCCUCGAUAAACCUAACAGUCCUUCAUUGUACCCACAAGACUUCAACCAAAAGCUUCCAAUGACCAGUGUGCAGCCAAAGAGCUCUCCAAAAGCUGGUGGUAACUACCUCCAGGCAAACCAUGUCCCAAUGUUAAGCCAUCAGCCGAAUACUUUGGGUCAAAAUUCCACAAACAGCCAGGCUCCACUGCUAAGCUAUGCCAACACUAAACGGUUAACUCAUUUUGAAAUGGAUAAUAAUCCAAGGGCUGUGCUACCUAACCACAACAAAGCUGCAAUGUUUUCCUAUGUGCGACACCCGCAAACACUUUCCCAUCUCAGUGAUGAGCAGAAAAGAAUGCUGUUGAAACAGAAGGAGCUUCCUCAGGGAGGUGUUACGUAUAGGCCUCUUCUGCAGCACAAUCAGGAUCAAAAUCCUGGAACUGUCACCAGGGCAUCAAACUCUGUCCAGGCAUCAGGUCCAGGAACUCAGCCUCCGCCUGCUUCUAUUGCUAGUAACCAUGGAAAUGCUGUGUAUAUUGGUAGCCAGCAGCAGGCUGCUGUCAUGAAACAGCAAAUUUUGAUGGAUCAGCAGAAGCAACGAGAGCAGCAGUUACAGUUGAUUGAGCAGCAAAAGCAGCAAUAUCUGCAGAGACAACAACUGCUGGCAGAGCAGGAGAAGCAAAGAAAGCAGCAAGAGCAACAGUUGCAGAGACACCUCACAAGGCCCCCACCUCAAUAUCAAGACCAGCAGCAAAAUCAGUACCGCGUUGAGCAAGUUAGCCAAUUUCAGAGUCCCCCUCAAGUUCUUCAGACGGUUGGAAAUCUGGCUGCAGCGAAUGCAAGCAGCUCACGGUUGUUCCCUCAGAAUCAAAACAUGAUCCAGAUCGGGCAAAGCCAGAGUUCUGUCUCCUCCAGUAGCUCUGCUGCUGGUCAGUCAGAACUAGGAGCAUCUCAGUACAGUAAUAUGCACAAUGUCCAACAGGGAAUAUACAAUGUGGGGUCAAAUGUGAACCAAAUGCUUCCACAUUCUGCCCAAGGCACAAUUGGAAAUGGGCAGCAUUCAAAUCCAUUGCAGAUGCAAGCUAAUAUGACUCCAGGAGCUCAGAUGGUAACAGGAUACAGUCAAAAUCACCUCAACAGCUCAAACCUUGCACAACAGCAACACAACAAAGGAACGGUGAACCAGGCUGUAUCAAAGACCCACUUGCAGAGGUUACCAGGUGCUGUGGUAAGCCAAAAUCCAACAUGGCCGAAUCAGUCUUUGCAAAGCAUGAAUAACCAAAAUCAAACAAAUAGCAAUCUAGUAGCAUUCAGCAGUACCUCAACCUUCCACGUGCGUCCGUCUCGGCCUAAAUUUGCUAGCCAGCAGUUUGUGCAGGGAAUGUCUCGACCAGGUCUUUCUUCAGUCAGAUCAGUGGGCUCCAUCAACUCAACUGUUGGUGACCAAGUCAUGCCUACAUUAGGUGGACCUCUGUCACGGACAAAUCAGCCCUUGCAGCAGAGUAUUCCUAGUUUAAACCAGUCCAUUCCGGACAUGACUAACUUUGCUUCCAGCCAGCAAAUGGCCUCAAGGGGCAACCUCCAAUGCAACCAGGUUUACCAGGUAAGAGGCACCAGUCAGGAGCUACCUUUUAAUUAUGGUAACCAGUCUGGUGGCAGCGCAGUUCAGGCGUUACCUGGAGAUACAGACUUGAUGGACUCCCUAUUGAAAAACAGGACUACAGAGGAAUGGAUAAUCGAUUUGGAUGAACUGUUGGGAUCUCAUCAUUGAAGGGUGGCUUGCUGACCUUGUGUGUAAUCAGUGGGAAUAAGUGUAAUUUUUGGAUUUUUUAUAUAAACAGUAUGGGACCAAAAAAAAAAGCUGUUACAAAACCCCUGUGGCACAUGGCAGGUAUAAAUGUAUGGUUGGGAAUGGUAUUAUGGGCAAGUUUUUUAAAUAACUCUAUUUUACUGCCAUAUGGGCAGAUUAUAACAUUUUUAUAUAAAACAUAGUUUUUUAAAAAGUUCCUUUAUUGUACACGGGUUGCCCCUUGCCAGUCAGGAAAUCCACAUCAGAUCACAACUUCGAGUAGUCAUCUCUAUACGUGUUUACCCAAACUUGCAGGAUCAUAAUCAAGUAAUAGAAAUGGAGAUUGUUGGAAACACAUAGCUGGUUUGUCAGUUUUUUAUAUACUUUUUUAAAAAGCCUACUUAAGCUAAUGAAGUGUAUGCAUCUCCCUUUCUUGAUGCAGGUUGGCCUCUUGUCCCCUUCAAAAGUUUUCCCUUUCAUUUCAUGUUUUAGUCCUUUACCUUUUUGUUGCAUCUAAGUAAGUAUUUUAUCAUUUGCCUGUCAUUUCCUUUACCCUUGACUUUGGAGGUAUCCUGCUCUUGUAGCCCACCCCAGCUAUUCCUUGUAUGAAAGGAAGCGACCUAUAAAGUCACUGCUGUAGUAACACAUUUUAAAGGGUUGUUAUUCAUGUACUGUUCAUGUUUCUGUGAACUCUUGUGUCUCUCACCUACAGCAUUUAAGGGGACCAUUGGCCCAUCAGGUCUGACAAGAAAUCACUCUGCCUAAGCCCACUUUUCAACCCUUGAACUGUCGCCAUGGAGUUUAUGGCACUUCAAGUAUAUCCAGGUUAUUUCUAAAUCUUAGAGUGGUGUAGGCAGAAACUUUAUCAGGCAGUGGGUUACAGAGCCACCUCAUCCUAGUGAAAAUCAUUUUCCUGGAAUCCCCACUGAACCCCUUUCCUCCUUAACCAGAUAAAGUGAAUAGGAAAGAGCCUUUAAUUUUAUACAUUUUAACUUCUGUUCGAAAGGAAACAAUUGCAGUGUGUCCAAUCUUUCCUCACAAUUCAAAUUCUCCAGUCCAGGUAGCACUCCAGUGCAAUCAUAUCUUUCUUUUUGUGCUGUGAGCCAAUCUGUUUAGUGCCGAUUUUGUUGUCUCCGUGAUUUUAGAUUUUCUGUUUUGGUUAAUAGAGGCAAUAUGUUUGUAUUCCUCUUUGAUUAAUGAGCUACCCAUACUUCCUACUUUUUAAGUGUCAUCUCAACUUCCUGUCAUGUAACUUGUUUGAUUCCAAUUUCAUUUAGUUUUCUUUCCUGUACACUUUCUCGCUUUUUAUAUGGCUUUCUAGCCAAAUUCAGCAACAAAGGUAUGAGGAUUUUUAUGAAUUGCUCACUACAAAAUAGUCACGCAUCUUAUUUUAUCAUUUAUUUCCCAACAACGUAUGUUGUGCUAGGUCACAAAGGGCACUCAGUUUUGUUGAUACACAACUGCAGUCUGUAAAAAUGGCAGGUUUGCUUCCCUAAAAUGCAUUAUUGAACCGAUGUUUCAGGCGGUUUGACAAAUUUGUGGUUGUGCACCAAAUUGUAAAAUUUAUUUCUAGAUCCCUUUUGAAAAAUGUAUUCAAAUUAUCAUAUUUCUCUCAAUGGGAUUUGAAUUCAUGUGUUCUGCAUUUAGUUUGGUAACAUAACUACACCACUGUACCCCGUGGAAAUGAUCACUGUUCUCUUGCUCACAGGAGGUAAGAAAUGAUACUGCAUUUGGCGCAUUCUUAUAAUUGCAACACAUCUGCAUUGCUGUAUUGAACAGUUCAUUGCACUUUACUUUUUUGUUUGCUUCAGAUUCCCCCACUCCCCUGUAAAUUUGGAUUGGGCUAUGGGUGGGUCGAGGGGAGAGGGGGUAUGAGUUACUGUAUGUGAAGGCAUUUGUGGCACUGUGGUCUGAUUGGGCCUAUAGUCAAUCAAUUGAAUAAACUUCAUUGGAAUGUUUCAAAAUCCUGACCAGACUUGGUUCAAGCUGUUACAAGUAGUUUGGAAUCUGAAAACGUUUAAUUGCACUAUGCAUUCAGUGACUGUCUCACGCUCAUUUUAUCUUGUCCAGGACACUGAGAGUGUAGCAAUAAAAGGGAGGUUUUAUCAUUUACCGGUGCCUCAGAUAUGCUCCAAUGUUCUGUAUGGCUCUUUUGGAGGCAUGUGCCACAUUUGUCUGUUAACUUGUGGAUAUUUAUGUAUCGGAUAAGUUUGUUUGGGGGGGGAUGGGGUGGGAGUAUAGUAUUUUUUUCACUUGACUGGUGCAGGUGCAGAUUAUCAGGAUGAAAUGGCAAGAUAAAGAUUGAAAAUCAGCCAUUUAUUUUCCCAACCAUCCAUUUCCCAUGGUUGAAAUAUUCUAUAGCAAAUUUGUUGAUUUCCAAUCAUGGUGCUUGCAGUAUCUUAAUGUUUAAGUCAGUCAGAUUGUGUGCGUAUGUAUAUAAAUGUUUACAUUUUUAUAAAAGAAAAAUUGAUAAAAGUAUUUAGUUCCUUGUCUGUAAUAUAUUUUUGCAUUUUAUAGUUUAAAACAAAACUCAUUUCUUGGUAUGAUUUUUUUUGUAAGUCUUAACUCUGCAAUUGUAUUGAUAUUGACUAUACUCGCUCUGUCUAAUCUUCAUUUUGUAUUCAACUGUAAUGUUAGACUUUGAACCCCCACCAUUUGAACUAUUAAAGGUUGGUUCUUGGGGGAAAUAACCAAUGGCCAAAUCUGGUUUUACAGUCAUUCUCUCCCUCAGAAUUGUUGUUUUUUUUUUUAAAAGGUUAAUUUAGUAUGUCCAGAAUGUAAUCUUUAAUAAAUAUUCCAUAUGUGUACGUCAGGUUAUAAACAUCAGGUUAGUUAGUUCACCUGAGACUUGUUUUAUCUUAAUAUCCAUUUUUGUUUUGAUUGAUCUCAUUCAACUUGCAUUCUCAUUGGACCUAUCAUAUCCCUGUGCAGAAAUGAAUCUAAUUACCUAUUCGAUCAGUUUAUAUUAUUGGGUUUAAUGACCUCUAUUUUUAGCUCUGUGUUUUAAUCCUCAACUAACACGCAGCCAGUUUUAAUUAUUCAUUUCUGCUCCAGUCUCCUAAACGGUAUCUGAUAUGUAUUUUUUAAAAGCAGUUUUUAUUAACUUUAAUUCCGAUUAAAUCAAUACACAUAGGUUAAAUACAGAUAAAACAUUUAUUUGUGCCAAGCAGGCUGUAUAUGGUGCCUAUUCUUCCCAUUUGUGCGUCUUUUAAAGAGUUUUUUGAAUGUUAUUCAAACUUAUGGCAAAGUAGAUGAUAUAACUGCUCUUAAUUUAAAAGUGUAAUUAAGAAUAUGACAUUUCGCCUAAUUGCAUAUCAUUUCGGUAUUGUGUUUGGAAUUCAAACAUAUAUUGUAGAAUCUGUGACCUUAAAGUAGUUGUCUUCAUUUCACUUUAGUUUGUGGCCUCUUUUGCAGGUUAGUCUCUCACAGAUUGGGCCUUGGACAAGCUUGAUUUUUCAGCAAAUCUAUUCUGUUAACUGAAAAUGUAUAAUUGCUGAAAAUGAAUUGAUGUUGACAUUUAAUCUACUAAAUUGAAAAAUAGAGAACAAAUUUAGGCUUCUGUCAAAUUUGUUAUUUGUGUCAAAAAAGACUUUUAAACUAAUUAGAAAUUGUCAUUAGUGUUUAAUUGCCAGAAUAAUUUAAAUUAAAUAAAUAGGUCUGAGUUCAGUCUUCUAUCAUUUUUUUGAACAGCAACCCUGUUUAUACUUGUGUAACGUUAAUUUUAUUUGAUUAACUCUUCAAACAUGGGAACAGGCCUCUCAUUUAAAAAAUUAUUGGGUCAUCUGUGCAAAAUAAAUCUCAGCUUUUAAAUUUGUUAUAUUAAAGAAUAGAAUUAAUGCACAUAACCUUCACUCUCCAAUGGUAUUGAAAACAGUGCAAUCUUGGACUGAAUACACAUCUCACUUCUCCUUUACCUGGGCUCCUCAACAAGCUAAUGGUGAGCCACCAAGUAUAGGAUAGGAUCUGAUGGAUGGUGUACUCUGUCAUACAAAGUCUUGGCUGAACUUUUAACUCUACUCCACUUCCUUGUUCUACCCCAUAAUCCUUAAUCAUUAGAUGAGUGGGAGGUGGGCUGUCAAUUGACCUUGCAUUACCUUUUAAACAGUACUAUUAGGAAGUGCAAUUUUCUAUACAUGCUCUAUGUAUCCUCCUCUCUCACCGCCCACUUCCCUGUUCAUCUUCACCAUGAUCACCAAUCCCCAUGUGUGGCCUUCAACAAAGCAUUGAUUAGAGGUUGUGACCCUCAGUAGUAAUACUGCUUCAGGACCUGUCUGUAACUGUCAGAUUUGGUGUAUUAAGCAGUGAGUUGGUCAUCAUGAUGACAAUGAAUCAGUGACACUAUUAGAUGUCUCUGUUGCUAGGUGAGGUUAAAGGCCUCUUUUGAGGUCUCUCUCAGAUUGUACAGAUGUGACUGAGAGCACAGCUGUCCCAAGCCAAACAUCUGUCAAUUUUGCUGUGAUCUCCUGGCUGCAUUGUGGACAGAAGUGUAUGAAUUUGACUCUAAACUUCCCUUUGGAAUCUGUCCAGGAUUGGUGUGGAGACAGUUGGUACUGUCUUGGUGUUUGUUUCAUAAUUUUAAUCAGUUCAACCUUGCAUUCUGGAAAUGAGGCCAGUAGAACUAAGUUGAAAACUUGGUGGGAACCUGCUGGACUUCAUGUAAUGAAUUAGUUUCUGUUUAUCCAAAACUGCUCUCCCUUCUCCAGUUUUAAUUAACCCAAACUAGAUUUGGCCAUGUGGGACUUUUUUUUCUAUCAUAAACUAUUUAAUUGUAAAUAAACUAAAUAUUGAGAA